AUGAAUAUAAACUCUCUCGCUCGACUUUCCCUCGUCAACGACGACGGUAUCAUCGAGAAAACUUUUUUGUGGGGAAGAUAUUCUACGGAAAUGUCUUCUAAAGUUUACAAGAAUUGGGUUUUCACAGAGCAAGCAUUGGCUGCUGAUCUUAUAAAAAGAGGAAUGGCUAUUGAGGAUCCAUCUUCUCCAUGUGGUGUUAAGCUUGUGGUAGAGGAUUAUCCUUAUGCUGUUGAUGGAUUGGAGAUAUGGGCUAUAAUAAAGACAUGGGUUCAAGACUAUGUCUCCUUGUACUAUACCUCAGAUGAAAAACUUAGGCAAGAUUCUGAACUUCAAGCUUGGUGGAAAGAGCUCGUGGAGGUCGGUCACGGUGACAAGAAAAACGAGCCGUGGUGGCCUAAGAUGCAAACUCGAGAAGACUUAAUUGAAGUUUGCAGUAUUGUCAUAUGGACUGCUUCAGCUCUUCACGCGGCAGUUAAUUUCAGGCAGUAUUCCUACGGAGGUUUAAUCUUAAACCGUCCAACUCUUAGUAGACGAUUCAUGCCUGAGAAAGGUUCAGCUGAGUUCGAGGAGCUAGUGAAAAGUCCACAAAAGGCUUACUUGAAGACAAUUACGCCGAAGUUUCAGACUCUUAUUGAUCUUUCUGUUAUAGAAAUAUUGUCGAGGCAUGCUUCCGAUGAGUUGUACCUUGGGGAGAGAGACAAUCCGAAUUGGACAUCGGAUAAAAGGGCAUUAGAGGCUUUUAAGAAGUUUGGAAACAAGUUGGCUGAAAUUGAGAAGAAACUCACUCAGAGAAACAAUGAUGAGAAGCUAAGAAAUCGUCAUGGACCGGUUGAGAUGCCUUAUACUUUGCUCUAUCCUUCUAGUAAAGAAGGACUAACUUUUAGAGGAAUUCCUAAUAGUAUCUCCAUCUGA